GGAGCCGCGAGCGGCCGGGCGCCAUUUCGGGAGCAGCUGCGGAGCCAUAGACGGGGCCAGACCGGCACCGGGAUCGACUCACGGCCGCGCCGCCCCUCGCCGCCCGCUCCCCGGGGCUGCCUGAGCGCCGCCGUCCAUUUAAUAUUCAGACGCCUGGAGAAGGUGCUCAAGUCCUCGGGCCCGUUCCCCACCGCCAGGGUAAUAACGCCGGAGCCGCUGCUGCCGGACCUCGGGCCCCUAGCGAGGAUCGCACUGCCCGCGGCGCAGGUGUCCUGAAAAAUGGCUGAUGAUAUUGAUAUUGAAGCAAUGCUUGAAGCUCCUUACAAGAAGGAUGAGAACAAAUUGAGCAGUGCCAAUGGCCAUGAAGAACGCAGCAAGAAGAGAAAAAAGAGCAAGAGUCGAAGUCGAAGCCAUGACAGAAAGAGGAGCAGAAGUAAGGAACGCAAACGGAGCCGAGAUCGGGAACGGAAAAAGAGCAGAAGCCGGGAAAGGAAACGGAGCAGAAGCAAAGAACGCAGACGCAGCCGGUCUAGGAGCAGAGACCGCAGAUUCAGAGGCCGCUACAGAAGUCCCUAUUCUGGUCCAAAAUUCAACAGUGCCAUCAGAGGGAAGAUUGGUCUGCCUCACAGCAUCAAAUUAAGCAGACGCCGCUCUAGAAGCAAAAGUCCUUUCAGAAAAGACAAAAGCCCUGUUAGAGAACCUAUUGAUAAUCUUACCCCUGAAGAGAGAGAUGCUCGAACAGUGUUCUGCAUGCAGUUGGCUGCAAGAAUUCGACCAAGAGACCUGGAGGAAUUUUUCUCUACAGUAGGGAAGGUUCGUGAUGUGCGAAUGAUUUCAGAUAGAAAUUCCAGACGUUCAAAGGGGAUUGCUUAUGUUGAAUUUGUUGAUGUUAGUUCAGUGCCCCUGGCAAUAGGACUGACUGGACAGAGAGUCCUGGGUGUACCUAUCAUAGUACAGGCAUCACAGGCAGAGAAAAACAGAGCAGCAGCAAUGGCAAACAAUCUGCAGAAGGGCAGUGCUGGUCCUAUGAGGCUCUAUGUGGGAUCAUUACACUUCAAUAUAACUGAAGAUAUGCUUCGAGGAAUCUUCGAGCCAUUUGGCAGGAUUGAAAGUAUUCAGCUCAUGAUGGACAGUGAAACUGGACGCUCAAAAGGAUAUGGAUUCAUUACGUUCUCAGACUCUGAGUGUGCCAAAAAAGCCCUGGAACAACUCAAUGGAUUUGAGCUGGCUGGGAGACCAAUGAAAGUUGGACAUGUAACUGAGCGUACUGAUGCUUCCAGUGCUAGCUCGUUUUUGGACAGUGAUGAGUUGGAACGGACUGGAAUUGAUUUGGGAACAACUGGUCGGCUUCAGUUGAUGGCAAGACUUGCAGAAGGUACUGGUUUGCAGAUUCCUCCAGCUGCACAGCAGGCUCUGCAGAUGAGUGGAUCUUUGGCCUUUGGAGCUGUGACAGAGAAAAUUACUACCAGGAAUUAUGUCAUUGUGGGAGACUUUAACUUCCCCGAUACAGAUUGGAGAAGAAUUGCUAGUAAUAAUGGUGGGGCCCAGAUAUUCCUGGAUGUGAUAUCCGACAAAUUUCUUCAUCAAACACUCACUGACUCAUGAAGAGGGGAUGCUAUUUUAAGCUCAAUUUGGUAAGUAAUGAAGAUGUUACGGAUGAGAAUAGAAAUGACCAUUGACUUGAGGGAUCAUGAGUUGCUCACAUUUAAAUGAAAGGAUACACCAACAGGUCUAGCUGAUGGUUGAAGAAACAAGGCAAUUAAGUCAUCUGGUCUGAGCAACUUGGGUGUUUGAACAGGCAGGAUGUUUUACAUUGCUAAUGCUGUGUUGGAUCUGUAUUCUACAGAAAGAAGAAAAAGUUCUGUUAGUAUGGGCUCCACGCUGAACCUGGGUGAUCAGCUACCUCAAAAGAAAUAAGGAAUGACCACACAGCCUAUGAAGAAUAGGAAAAAUGACUGAUAAUAAAACAAGAUUUUUAGUUUGGGGGGAAACAGACAAAAAGAUAAUUGUCUGCCAACAAUCCGAUUGAGUUAGACCAUUGUUAAAGUCAUGAAAGCAAUAGAUGAAGGUUUACCAACUCUUGAAGAAAAAAGGAAGUGGGACUCAGGUGAAUGAAAAACUACUCCCAAAAUGUUUGUAUGUAUUUAGUUGCCUCAACUUGCAGUGGGGAUACUGGUCAUAAAGUUUAGAAUUUGAGGAAGGUAAGCUAGGAAUAUGUAGUUCAAAAAUAAAAAAGGAAAAUUAUUCCCAAGGUAGAAAGAAAGCUAAAAGUAAGAGGCUAAUGUAAAGAGGUCAGAAAAGUAAAAGUCCCAUGAAAUGAGUGAUGGAAUACAUGUAUAAAACAUGUGGUCUCAUCUCUGGUAUUGUUGAUAAACAUUUUAAGUCCACGAUGUGUACAUAGCUGAAACAUGUGACUAAAUUAGACUUGAAGUACACUUGAAGGAAGAAGAAUGUGGUCUGGCCAGAUUCUGGUCCCGUUACUGAGUAGACUUUGCUCCUUCAGAGGUUAUACUAAAGAUGAGUAAACUGGAGAAUAUUAUGAAAGUAUAGCAUACUGUCAGAAACUGUAUUUAAAGACCAACAGUCAUUGAUUAAAUUGCCUUUCCUUGGCAGAGGAGGAGCAGCUUCUUGCUGAUCUUUAGACUCCUGCCAUUUGGAAGUUAUUAAACUGGAGAAGUGAGUAAUACAGGAAGUACAAGGUGUGUCAGUAAGCUGGCUCAGAGAAAGGACUUUUUUACAGGUGAAAGCUGGGAAAGUUGGAGGCUAUUGUUAAAACCAAAGUUUAGGUGUUGGUCUGGUCUUGAGUAAUAUUUACAUGAAUGAAAAUGGUCAGUAGUAGAAAUGAGGUGAAUAAAUGCGUAGGUGCUGUCGACAAGAAAUUCUUGGGGUGUUGUAUAUUGUUCACCUCUUCAGGGUUAAAUAAAAUUCCAGUCGCAUAGUCUGGGAGCUUAGCAAUGGAAGAAUGGCCAGGGAGGAGAAAAAUAUCUAAAUGCUUCAGUUUAUCAGAGCCAGAACAUGACCUGGCAGCAUGAUAUAUCAUUAAAAUAUUAGGUGUGUUCCUAGAGGCAAGUAGGCCUGAGCAUCUGAGGUGUAAUGUAUACAUCUGCAAAUACUUCUGAUAAUCCAUGUUCAAGAGGGAGUCAAUAAAACUAAAGUAGGGAAGGUAAAGAAUUAGUUCUAGGGGACACCUGAGAAUUUGGCCAUCCAGCAGGAAAAAGAAUUUGAAGCUGAACAGUUGUCGCUGUGUACUCCCUGUUCUUUCUCAACAUAGGAAAUUUAAAAUAAUCAGCCUAUAGAAUAUGCUUCUAAUGUUUUGUGGGACAAAGCAUUCCUUACUUGUGGAAGGAGCUAUCUGUUUAUGGAAAAAAAUUGAUAUGGUGUGCUGUAAAAGAGGAAGAGAUAGCUGUUAUCAUCCUGGACCUCUAUUUGGUCUCUGUUCUAAGAAAUGACUCAAGAUGCUAGGCAGUGUUUGGCAGACUUUGGCUUAUUUAAAGCCAUCUGGAUUUAAAAAUAAACUUUUUAUUUUAAGACACAAAUUACUUUGAUAGAUUUGUCUGUAUUUGUGCUUUCUGUGUACACUAAACAUGUACUCCCAUUGUGCUAAACUUGCUGCUCUUACAGGUGUUACACAAGAAUAUACUGAAAGAGUUACUUUGAUCUGAAUUGGUCAGAUGUAUUAAUUUUAGUUUCUUCAUACUCUUUAAAACUAUGUGUAGGGAAACAUGAAUUGACUAUACAGAGUGACAAUCAAUUUCUUAAUUUUGAGUGAUUUUAGAAGUGAGAGGACAGGACUGUUCUUGAGGCAUGAGCAACAAAAGAAUCCAGUUUGUUGAUAAAAGAUCUGGUGAGCAGCAGGUUAUGUUUCAAAUGUGGUUAAUAAUUAACCUGUGAAACUGUUGCACAAGAUAAUGGUGGCUGACUUUGCUGUGUUUAGAACAGAUCUUGGCUGUGGAUGGAAUUUGCAGUGAUGAUAUGUGCAGGUUUACCAUAUUAGGUGCAGGGAUUUGGCUGUAGAGCCCCAGGCUGACCCACAUAGACGAGUUCUGCUGGACAUGAUGGAUUGGAAUUGCAGCAGGAAAAGUGUCUCUCCUCUAAAUUGAGAGUUCGGAUAUUUGCUGUUUUCUUUAAAAGGCCUUUGUUUUCACAAGAGUCUGAAUAUUAAUUAACUAGGUAAUUAGUUACAGAUUUGGCCAAGACCAUGCCAUUUCUUCAGAGAAUACAGGCUAAGACAGCCUUUGCUGUUGUGAUAUUUCUCAUUCUGUGGAGGUGAGGACUCUGUGGGUUCAGAUCUGGAUGGAAAACAUGCCAAAUAUCACCAGCUCUUUUUACAACACAACCUUCAGAGCUUACUCCUUCCAGCCCUUGCUUUUCAGUAUGGUUCCUGGUACGUGUUCCUUGCAAAACGCUUGGAAAGGCACAUCAGGAAAAUCUAGAGAAAAACAUUUAUUUCUGUUGGUUCUUCAGUGUCGUGGAGGAGGUUUUAUUAGAAAGGGGAAAAGUAUGUUGAUACCUGGUGCCUUCAGGUAUUUCCAGGUAAGCUUGGAAGCUUACUUGGUGCUCAUCACUUUGCUACUCUCUAAAUGAGUGAAUUAAGGCAAUUGUUUGCUCACACCCCUAGUGUCUCUUAAAUGGAACCAUGAUUGAAGGGGCUUAUACUUAGUCUUGAAUUCUGAAGUUUUAUGUUAGCUCAAAGAUGUCAUGUUACUUGGAAAUGGCUAGAAAGUCUGCAUUUGUUUGUUCCCAUCACUUUGGAUUGGGACAAGUGUAUGUUAAACAAGUAAAUCAUGUUUUCUAGGCAAAUCACAUGUUCUGAACACUGGAAAAUGUUUUGAAUUUGAAAAAUACCAAAGCUACUUGUAUCAUUAUGCAAUCUAUAUGAAAGCAAAGCAGACAAAAUAUUGCCUUAUUCUACUUGAAAUGAAAUUUGAUAACUGCUUUAAGAAGGUCAGGUUUGGAUAGCUGUGUGCUUAACUGCUUUCUGGUAGUAAAGAUGUUGGUGGUGACACACACCUCUAAUGCAUGUCAGAAUUGCUGUAAUUAUUUUCUCAUGGAGUAAAACGUGUCUUUUGAAGACAAUCACAGCAAAAGCAAGUUGGGAGUGACACACUGAAUUAAAGUUACAUGGUCAUGUCUGUCCUUUUAAGGUAUUGUUGCUCUUUAAAAUGCUUUGUUGUCACAGAAUCUGUCAAGUACAGAACAUUCUAGUACAGAAGCUGAAGUUAGUGAAACUACUCACAACUAGAGAGGAACAGUGAUACUGAAAUAAGCUCUUAACCACAGAAAAACAAGCUGAACAACCUGGCUGGCAGGUGAUGAUACAGUGAUGCUGGCAAGCGCUCUAAUUAACUUCUCUGUAUUUCU